AUGACCAGGAUAAACACCGCCUUGGCCAAUUGCUGUGGCACACGCACGCCCGGGCUGAGUAAGGGAAGUGGUGCCUCUUUCCUUCCAUCAGAAACGUGCGAGAACGUGGACUGUGGACCCGGGAAGAAAUGUAAAAUGAACAAGAAGAACAAACCUCGGUGUGUUUGUGCUCCGGAUUGCUCUAAUAUCACUUGGAAGGGUCCCGUGUGUGGCUUAGAUGGGAAAACCUACAGGAACGAGUGUGCCCUUCUCAAAGCCAGAUGUAAAGAACAGCCCGAACUUGAAGUCCAGUAUCAGGGCAAAUGCAAAAAGACCUGCAGGGAUGUUUUAUGCCCGGGCAGCUCCACGUGUGUCGUUGACCAAACUAAUAACGCCUACUGCGUGACAUGCAAUCGCAUUUGCCCAGAGCCCACCUCCCCUGAGCAGUAUCUCUGCGGGAAUGACGGCAUAACUUAUGCCAGCGCCUGCCACCUGAGGAAAGCCACCUGCCUCCUGGGCAGGUCCAUUGGACUAGCCUACGAAGGAAAAUGCAUCAAAGCCAAAUCCUGUGAAGACAUUCAGUGCAGUGCUGGGAAGAAGUGCUUGUGGGAUUUUAAGGUUGGCAGAGGUCGUUGCUCCCUCUGCGAUGAGCUGUGCCCUGAGAGCAAGUCAGACGAGGCUGUCUGUGCCAGCGACAACACAACUUACCCAAGCGAGUGUGCCAUGAAAGAGGCAGCCUGCUCCAUGGGUGUGCUUCUAGAAGUAAAGCACUCCGGAUCUUGCAACUCCAUUAAUGAAGACCCAGAGGAUGAAGAGGAAGAUGAAGACCAGGACUACAGCUUUCCUAUAUCUUCCAUUCUAGAGUGGUAAAACCUCCAUCACUAUUGGAACAGCCAUUGGGCAGGAAAUCAAUGUCCAUACUGUAAAUAAGUGUAUGCUUAUUUAUUUUGGGGAGAAAAAAAGUAUACAUAUAGUUGAGUCUUGUAGACAUUUAUUUAUACUGUGUCACGUUUUAUAAUUUAUACAUAAAAUGUCUGGUUGACUGUACACCUUGUUUUUUGAAGAAAUUUAUUCGUUACGGGAAGAGCAGUGUUAUUUAUUGUGAGGUCUCUUGCUUGUAAAGUAAAGCUUUUCUUUUUUCUUGUAAACUAUAAAAGUCCAUUCCUUAGAGCUUACCCACAUGAUCUCAUCUCUUUGUUUCACUGAUGUUAACUCUUUUUCACUUUAACAAACUUGCAUGUCGGUUUCUGUUAUGUUUAUUUAUUGGAUUUUCUUCUUGCCGGUUCUGUACAUAAAAGAUCCCUCGGGUUUUGGUUUACAAGGAACCUUGACUGACCAAAAGGCAUUGUAACUGACUUAAGUAUACUUCCAGGGUGCAGUGAGGCGAUCUUUAAGGAAACUUCUUCCACUUCACUUUUAUCUACUUUUGAUCACAUCAUGUACUGAAGUGAUCUCAAAGUGCUGAGGGUAUAUACUGUACUUUAUGAAUUCUGGACCCAAAGAAAUCGGAUUAUGAAGGUUGUUAAUAGCUACAGGGCUAACUGUAAUAAAGGUUUUAUUUUAUUUUUAUUGUUUUAUAUUUUUUGUAACAUGCAUCAGUGUUUUAUCAGGUGUUUCCUUUAAGAUGGUCUUGCAGUACCACUUUGAAAGUUCCCUUUUCCCAAUCAGUGUGUCACUAGUUAUAUUAAAGCUUUAUCAGUUCAAGUUUCUUGCUUUUCAUAAUACUUUUUUUCUGAUGCAAUUUUAUAUUUUCAAACAUGGCGAGUUAAAUAUAAAUUCAUUUAAAUAUAUAGUUUUGUACUUUUCUACCAUGUAAAUGUGCAAUGUAUAUAAAAGUUAUAAUGUGUAUUUGUAAAUAAAUGAUGAGUGAAAAAAUAAAAAAAUGGAAUUUUCCCUA